UAUUUGUGUGUGGACUACCAUUUCCCAAGAUUAUAAUAUAGUAGAAACUCUUAGGCAAGUUCUCUCUCGAGCAGGAGGGUCCUCGAGUAGUAUGGAUGAGAAAGAAUUGGAAGUAAAAUUACACAAGUGUUUAUGGGGUAGGAGGUAUCUCAUUAUAUUGGAUGAUAUGUGGAGCAUAGAUGUGUGGGAUAGGUUGAAAUUUUCGUUUCCUGAUUGCAGUGAGGGUAGUCGAAUAGUGGUAACAACUAGGAUGUCCAACUUGGCUGCCUACUUAACUGAUUCCUAUGGAGUUUUUAAGAUGGGAUUUCUAGAUGAGGCUAGUAGUUGGACUUUGUUCUCCAAAACUGUAUUUGGGGAACAAAGUUUUCCUACUCAACUCGAGAGCAUUGGAAAGAAAAUUGUGGAAAAGUGUAAUGGACUUCCUUUGGCGAUUGCUGUGAUAGGGGGUCUAAUGGCUAAAUCCGAACCUACACUAGAAUAUUGGGAGCACAUAAAGGAAAACUUAAGCUCAAUAGUGAAUUCGGAGAAUGAUGAUUAUUGCUUGAGAAUAUUGAAACUAAGUUAUAAUCAUUUGCCUGCCUAUCUAAAGCCUUGUUUUCUUUACAUGGGAGUGUUUGAGGAAGACCGUGUGCUUAGUGCUUCAACAAUUGUCAAGCUAUGGGAGUCUGAAGGGUUUCUUAAACCAUUAGACAACAAAAGCUUGACAACAAUUGCCAAGGAGUACUUGCAGGAGCUAGUUGAUAGGAAUCUCAUUUUAGUUCAUGAGUUGGGGUUACUUGGGAAUGUAAAAUCCUGCAAAAUUCAUGAUUUACUAAGAGAUUUAUCAAUGAAAGAAGCUCAAAAACAGAGGUUUUUUUAUGUUUUAAGAGAAGACAAUCCCCAAGGAGUAAUUAGGCAACACCGGAUUGUUAUUCCAAGAAGUAAUUCUGUGAAAAAAAUCCGCAAUGCCUUUGAAUCCAUGUCACAUGCCCGUUCUUAUGUCCUACGGAGUGACGAUAGCAUUCCAGGAUCAAAAUCUAGAUUUCUGAGGACACUAUAUACACGCGAAGAACUCUAUGCAGUAAGAAAUACCCCAGAAUCUGUGCUUCAUUGUGUGAACUCACGAUACCUUGCUUUUUCAGUUUCUAGACGUUGUAAGUGUGUGAAAACUUCAAUCAAAUUGCUUUGGAAUCUACACACACUAAUAAUUUCUUUUAUGGGUGAUUCUACUAAGCAAAUUGAUAUCUGGAAAAUGCUUAAACUCAGGCAUGUCAAGUUUAUACAUCCGAAUAUCCACCUCCGAGCUCCCCCGAGCACUGACGAUGAUAUUAUUAUCAUGAAGAAUCUAGAGGCGCUCAAAGGAGUGAGGAAUCUCAAUUUGAGUGAAGAUGUUGUUCAAAGAAUUCCCAAUAUCAAGAAAUUAUAUAUAAGUUAUGAUAUGAAAGUAAUUGAGGGAGUGAACUAUCUCAGCUGUCUUCAGUGUCUUAUUAAACUUGAAUCCUUUGAUGUCGGUCUACUCCACAUCCACCAAUAAGGAAAGAUAUGUUCAGAAGAUGAGCUUCCCACACUCCCUUAAGAAGUUGAAUCUCGAGCUACCAAUUAGGUUUUGAGUGGGAAGACAUACUGCCAGUGAUAGGUGCCUUACCACUUCUUCAUAAGCUCACAUUUUGUGGAGGUCGCUUCAAAGAAGGCGAGUGGGAAACAGUUGAAGGCCAAUUCCCCAGCCUCAGGUCACUAAGCUUGGUCUCUUGUCGAGAUCUAGAAAACUGGACAGUGUUAGAGAGCUCCCAUUUUCCAUUUCUUCAGAAGCUUCGUCUUUGCUACAUGAAAAAAUUGAAGGAGAUUCCUUCAGAAAUUGGAGAAAUACCAACACUGAGAUCAAUUAGAUUGGAAUAUUGCAAUGAUUUAUUGGUGUUGUCAGCUAAAGAUAUAUUGAAGGAGCAAGAGGAUUUACAAGGAGACCAACUAGACCUUCAUGUACGUGUUGAAGUCGAGGAGAAAGAUAAAGCGUUGCGGAGGCUGGCAAGUUCCAAUUUUAAAGUUUUAGUGUGUCUAUAAUCUAGAGUUGAAGUGACUUGAUCGCUCUACUUUACUUUGUAUGCUUCCCUCCAUAAUACUAUCAGUGAAGUCUUCUCUUUCUUUGUAAACUUAAAAUGGUCAAUUUUUAUUUAUAAUCUUGCAAAUUUGGAAUUGCUUGACACUUACAUAUUGAGUUUCUAUUGUUCUUUUACGACUCGAGAGUUAACCCUUGAGGAGCU